UGCAACAAUGUAACAACUCCAGCAACAGUCCCACUGGCUGCGGCAACUAAUGUAACGGCCCCUCCAGCUGCGGCAACAAUGUAACAGUCCCUCCAGCAACAGUCCCCCCUUGCUGAGCUACUGCAACAAUGUAACAGUCCCCCUUGCUGAGCUACUGCAACAAUGUAACAGUCCCCCUUGCUGAGCUACUGCAACAAUGUAACAGUCCCCCUUGCUGAGCUACUGCAACAAUGUAACAGUCCCCCUUGCUGAGCUGUUGCUGCAACACUGUAACAGUCCCACUAGCUGAGCUGCGGCAACAAUGUAACAAAAUAAAACAUACUCUCUUACCAGACUAGUUGCCAUCGGAUGUCCAUGAUGUUUUCCCCUCCUGUCAGCAGUGGGAAAAAUGGACCAACGUCUUUGGCAAGUGGACAUUUUACUGGCCCAAAUGUAGAAGACAGAAGUAACUCAGGGUCCUGGGGGAGUAGCGCACACCCAAGCCCGUCACGUAAACUGUCAUGCAGCGUGCAGGCCAGCGUUCAUAGCCACCCGCCCCGGAGGUGGCUGCAUAACUAUGGUGAAGGAUCUCACUAUGAACACAUGAGCAGCAGAGAGCUGACGUCACACGACAAUCUCUCCCCGCCAUUUGUCAAUUCAAGAAUGCAAAGUAAAUCAGAGAGAGGCUCGUACUCCUGCUAUGGGAGAGAUUCGGAGAUACAGGGCUGCCAUCAGCAAAGCCUUCUUGGGGGCGAGAUGGAUAUUGGGAACUCAGGGGCUCUGUCACCCACAAAGCCUGGCUCACAGUACUAUCAUUAUUCAAGCAAUAACCCCAGGAGGAGGCCUUUUCACAGCAGCUCCAUGGAGGUACAAGCAAAGAAAGUUAGAAAAGUUCCCCCAGGGUUGCCCUCCUCAGUUUAUGCCCCAUCAGCGAGCACGGCAGACUACAAUAGGGAUUCACCAGGUUAUCCAUCAUCAAAACCAGCCACCAGCACUUUCCCCAGCUCGUUCUUCAUGCAAGAUGGUCACCACAGCAGCGACCCUUGGAGUUCCAGCGGGAUGAACCAAGCCAGCUAUGGAGGGAUGUUGGGCAACUCUUCCCAUAUUCCACAGUCUAGCAGCUACUGCAACCUGCAUCCACACGACCGUUUGAGCUAUCCAUCACACUCUUCAGCGGAGAUCAAUUCUAGUCUUCCUCCAAUGUCCACAUUUCACCGUAGCAGCACAAAUCAUUAUAACAACUCUUCCUGUACGCCGCCUGCCAAUGGCUCCGAUAGUAUUAUGACGAACAGAGGAAGCGGGCCGUCGGGGAGCUCGCAGACUGGGGACGCGCUGGGAAAGGCCCUAGCAUCAAUCUAUUCUCCCGACCACACCAACAACAGUUAUUCAUCAAAUCCUUCAACUCCGGUCGGAUCUCCACCUUCUCUCUCAGCAGGCACAGCUGUUUGGUCAAGAAAUGGAGGACAGGCUUCAUCGUCACCUAAUUAUGAAGGCCCUCUACACUCUCUACAAAGCCGAAUCGAGGACAGAUUGGAAAGAUUAGACGAUGCAAUUCAUGUAUUAAGGAACCAUGCAGUGGGGCCUUCCACGGCGAUGCCAGGAAGCCACAGCGAUAUGCACGGAUUAAUCGGGCCAUCUCACAACGGAGCGAUGAGCAGUCUGGGGUCAGGAUACGGAACGGGCCUUUUGUCGGCAAACAGACAUUCCCUAAUGGUGGGAUCCCAUCGGGAGGAGAGUCUACGAGGCAGUCACUCACUUGUGCCCAACCAGGUGUCCGUACCACAGUUACCUGUUCAGUCCGCCACGUCACCGGAUUUAAAUCAAUCUCAAGAUCCGUACAGAGGUAUCCCGACUGGUCUGCAAGGACAGAACAUGUCUCCCGGCAGCUCCGAGAUUAAGUCCGACGACGAAGGAGAUGAAAAUCUUCAAGACUCGAAAUCAUCUGACGACAAGAAAUUAGAUGACGACAAGAAGGAUAUCAAAUCAAUAGCGAGGUCAAGAUCUAGCAAUAACGACGACGAAGAUCUGACACCAGAGCAGAAGGCGGAGAGGGAGAAAGAAAGAAGAAUGGCAAACAACGCCCGUGAGCGUCUCAGAGUACGCGAUAUCAAUGAGGCUUUCAAAGAAUUGGGGCGGAUGGUUCAACUUCACCUUAAGAGCGAUAAGCCACAGACCAAGCUCCUUAUACUACAUCAAGCUGUAGCCGUGAUCCUCAGCUUAGAGCAACAAGUUCGGGAAAGAAACUUAAAUCCGAAAGCAGCAUGUCUGAAGAGAAGGGAAGAAGAGAAAGUCUCCUCGGACCCUUCACCUCUAUCCCUAUCAGGUCCCCACGGUGGAAUGGGGGAUGCAUCAAAUCACUUGGGACAGAUGUAAAAAGGUCCAUGUUUUUUGAAUUUCCUCUUUUAGGCAAGAAGCCACUUCCUUAACAGCUGUAUUAUCUUAAACCCACGUAAACAUUUCUCCCUUGACCCUUUUUUGUAAAAUAAGACAAGUCUGAGUAGAUAUAUGCAUUACAGACGCAAGAGGUAUCCGCAUUCCUGACGCAAGAACCGCACUUCUCGGAGGACUCUCAACGUAUGAUACUGAAUGUUCCGAGUAGUGUAUCGCAGGCUGUGGUUACGCAGCCCAGAUAGUGAAUGGCAAUCUACUCCACGCUGUGGAACAGUGCAUUUGUGCCUAAACUUCUUUUGGAAAAAAACAAACACAAAUAUAUAAUUAAUUUGUAAGUCUGAAAAAAAAAUAUUUAAUUUAAAAUUGUAUACUUGCAAUAAUGAAAAAGUGUACUUCUGGAGGACAACAAAAAAAAAAGACAUUUUUUUGUUGGUGUCGAAUUCCACUAGUGUUUAUAUUUUCUGGAGAAAAAAAAAACGGGGGGUGCUUUGCUGCCCAGUUAUUUACAAAACCAGCAAAUGUCCGAAUAAAAAUGUAGUGAUGAUUUUAGCCAUUCCUAAGGGUAGGAGGAACAGAUGGAACUAAUAGACCUAUGACAAAUAUAUAAAUAUAUAUAUAUAUAAAUAUAUAUGAAAAUGUAGUGCAUAUGGUAGACUUUGGUUCAUUUGUUUUAAAAACUGUUUUUGCUCCUGUACAAAUAAUGAAUUCCUUUUUGUUUUGUUUUUUCUUAAAAAGAGACUUUACUGUAAAUAGGUUUUUUUUUUGUGUGUGUCCUCUUUGUCCUAAUUUUCUAUAUAUUUUUUUUUCCUUCUCGUUUUGAUCUUGCGACUUGUCAUGUGAACUCUGUGGGGAGGUAAUGCAGGAUAAUACGCUGAGACUAUUCUUGCUUCUCAGUCAUUUACAGAGUUGUUAUUCCAGUCUAUGGAAAUGCAGGUCUUAAGACGCACCAUGUACAUAUAUUGCAGGCAACACAGACUUGGCAUCCUGAGUUUUGCCAUUAUGUAAAGCUGCACAUUUGAGUCUAUUCUGGGAUUUUUUCAUAGGUACAAGGUUAGAAUGCUACAAAAUUGUUACCACUGUGCCUUCCAAUGUUUAUAUCAUCAUUAAGGAAAAGUAAAAAAAUUCUAAAAAAAUAAAAUAAAAUCUUAAGUGGCUGUGAUAUAGCUAACCAAUUACAAGUGUUAACUACAUAUGUAGCUAAAGCAGUAUGCAAGUUUUUCUGACAAUGUGGUCGGACUAUUCGAUAAACGUCUAUAAUGAGAAUUGCCUGUGGCUGAUAACCACUUGCUGCCAUAAUGUAAAAUGGCAAUGGCCAAUCAAUUAUAAAGGAAUGUCCUGACCGACCUUGGGAAGAUGGACGUGUGGGAGUAUAUAGCACUUUCUUGAGUGUGGCAACUAAGGUUUUCUUGGGCCAGUACGAAUGUGAUUUAUUUUUGGCAGCUUGGUGUCACUUUUCUGCCCGACAAAAACUGGCAAACACUGACCCAGCUACCACUGCAUAGCCUUUGAUGACUGGUAUUGGUAGAACUUCUAUACUGACCUCAUCAUAAGGCCUUUGUUAGACUCUAUUGUCACAAAUGUCAGCCUUUAUUUUUCCAGCCACACAAACUUGGCAUGUAUUAAACUUUAUCCCUCGUUUAAGUAGGAUUAUCGUCAUUUAGCCCCUGUGAACGCCAUAAAAGGUCUAAAUGUCCAUCUGUUCUCCAGCUAUAUACAUUCAGAAAAGACAAUUGCAUUUGUAAAUUUUAUGCAACAAAAUGACAAACGUAUCAUUAUUUUGAAAUAGUGUAUGUAAAAUUUAUAUUUUUACAUGUAGACUUGUUAUUAUGUGUUUUAAUAUGUUGUAUUGGAUUUUUUUUUUUUAAUCUAUGUGGUUGAGAAAACAACAAUUUUAAAUCGAAUCUUAAAGUUGCGAAAAUUUUGUGUUUGUUUCCAAAAUCAUAAAUGAACAAAACAGACAGUUGCCCUGUAUUAAUUUUCAUAUGCUCCAUAUGUAUGAUGAACCACUGUAAAUAUGUUAAAUGUGGAAACAAAAAAAAAAAACAGAUUGUGUCAUUGUACAUUUUUUUUUUUGUAGAUGUGGAGGUGGAUUUAGGGUUGGUCACAAAUUAUGAAUUAUGUUGUUGCUUUUUGUAUCUAUAGUAGAACCCCAAUAUGAGCUGUUUCCCUUUUUUUUCAUUGAGCUUAAAGAUGAUGUACAGUGCAUUAUAAAACUAUUUUCAGUUUUGCAUCUUUUUGCAGGCUAAUCCUUGUCCAACAAUUUAUACAGAAAUCAACAUAGGUCAAAUUAAAUUUAAAAAUCUACUGUAAAAUAUUGCAACUUUUCUGUACACUUUUUUUUUCUUAAGUUGAGCUGGAACAUUAUUUUAUAUAUUUUAUUUUUAAUGAUACAUUUCAAUUGCCUAGGACUGCUAAUAAAAAAUUAAUAGCAGAUGUAUACAUAAACAAUUCUACGUACCAAUUUUAAACCUAUUUAAAAACAAAGUGGUGCUUAAAAAGCGGAUGUUAAUGGUUUUUUUAACCUUGAAAUAUUGCAUUAUUGUACGUUAUGUUUAGUGAUCAACACUUGAAUAGUCAUUGCAAUUGUAUGUGUGAACUCAGAACAAGACAGGCUUCAGUUACCUACCACAUGGUGUAAUAAAAAAAAAAAUGUGUUGCUAUACCUUAAUACUCUUAUGUGAAUUCUGCAUCGUGAUUGGAGGAGUUCAGGCAUUUUAUCCCUGGCUUUAGAUUAUGACACCGUGCAGUGUAUAUUUGUAAUAUAAUAAAGUUUUGUUGAGCUUUGGUUGUAGACUUGCAGCUCUUUGGUUAACAGACAUGCAAAGAGAUUAUAACCUCAAAAACUCCUUUAAAUUGUACUUGUUGCCUACGUUGUGAGUUAUGCCAAUAUAUAAAACUUUUGCAUUUGCUGGGAACCAGAGACUUCACCGAGGCACGAAAAUAAUGCAGGCCAUUGAUUUACUAGGUAGUAGGGUCUCUGAGAUGCUACUACUUCCUAGUAAAUGGAUAAGCUGUAAUUGUAAAAGGUUGUUGCAGCCACAAGUUCUUGCCUCCUAUCAGUAUAGGCCACAAUUGUACUACAACAAUCCACCUCCACAUUGAGUUCCAUCACAGUUUCACCAAACACAUAUGUUGUGUCCAUUGAAGGGAAUUCUUAGCAAAUGUCUGUAGCAUAGAUGCAAGGAAUCAUACCAUUAGUACAACUGUUAAUCCAACCAGCAAUGCAAAUUUUUCUGGUUCAGUCUUCCGAUUUCAUUAUUUUUUUCUGCAAACGGGGUUACAUGAUGGAUGUAAGGUGCAAAACAUUUAAUUUCGGAGUACCAUGCAAGUAGAAUAUUAAAUAUAAGAGCUGACUAGUACCACCCAGACAGAAAUCUGCAAAGCAUCAGAACAAAGAAGCACAAACAACAACAAAUUAAAAACUGGAACAAAUUGUAUCAAGGCGGAAUAACAGAUUCUGUCCUAUGGGGGUACCGGAACCUUUCUGCCUUCACUUUUUUAAUUCAAACUCUAUCUUUUCCUUUGAAGGACUUUAAAUUGAUGCAUCUGUGUGCAGUGCUGGGUUUUCCAUAUUAAUUUCAAGUAUUAUUGACAUAUGUAAUGGUGAAAAUAUAUGAACUGUGGCCUUUUUUCAUUGUUACUUGUAAUGCAAUUAAGUGAAGAUAAGGUUUAAAAAAAAAAAAAAAAAAAAAAAAAAGCAGAAAUUCACCACGUAUCAGUGCCUGGCUUUUAUUAUAAAGAUUCUUUUGUCUAGUGCUCUUUUUGCUAUACAAAUAGACUGUAGUAUUCCCUGAUGCAUAAAAACAAAAUAAUAAGAUUAAUAAUGAUAAAAAAGUAUAAUUGGCUCAUUUCCACUGGAUCCUUUUUCCCCCCCCACGAUUAAUCCAGGAUAAAAAAAAUUAUUGGAAUUUUCUGACUCUGAAAUUGACUCUGACCCUGUAGAUCAUCAAAUCAAAUUGUUAUUUUUGUUUACUGUUUAUGCAUUGACCUUUACCUUGGGUUGCUAAGAUGAAAAGUGUAGGUGUAUCAAAUUUUUCUUUUAUAACCUUUAAGAUCUCCCCCCCCCCCCCCCCAAGGUCGUGGAGGAGGCUUUUUUUUUCCGACUGAACAAAUACAUGACAAAUAACAUUUUGAAAAAUAUGCUUAAAAAAAAGAAGGAAAAUACAGGCAAAAGAAGAAAAGAAAAAAGAAAAAAAAAGUUACACCUUGUUCUCAAUGUGUGGCUGAGUGCCUCGAAUUUUUUUUUCAUGUUUUUGAUGUGGUUCUGAUUUGUAGAAGUGUCCGAACAGGUUGGGUGCUGGAGUUUCUUUGGGGAAAAAAAUGCACAGCGUAGUCUAGGCCAUUACCUGUCUCUCAACAGUAGUUAUUCAGUGCAGCCAUGUACAUAACCGUUAUGUAGCAAUAAAUGUGCCAUUUUUAUAAA